GAGUGGAAGAGGGAAAAAUAAAACAUAUCAAUAAUCUGGGUGAAAGAGAUAAGAGACGUAAGAGAAGACUUUGGAAGCAAAAACAAAAGGAGGCAAGAGAACGCAGAAGUACAAUCCUGUCACUAUGGACAAAAUCUCCCGCAGAUCACACUUCACACAGGCAUGUUCUACACUGGGCAACAAAAAGCAGGAUUCUGCACAAUCUCGGAGUCAAAGCGUCGGGAUGCUGCAGCCAUAUGGACCUAUAUGGAUCAAAUCCUCACAGAUAUUCACAUCAGAUAUCCGGCUAUAAACACUAUCCACUUUUGGUCUGAUGGUCCAAGCAAACAAUAUAAAAAUAAGAAGAACUUCUUUCUCCUCUGUGUUGUCCCGCAACGUCUGGGAUUUGAGAAAGCUACAUGGAAUUUCUUCCCAACAUCACAUGGCAAAGGCGCUCCAGAUGGCAUUGGGGCGACGGUGAAGAGAUGUGCUGACAGUAUUGUGCUGAGAGGUCAGGAUAUCAUAGAUGGCAAAUUAUUCUUUGACAAGGUGUCCAACAGCUUAAGUGGUGUCAAGCUGCAAUUUGUGACAAAUGAAGAUUUUCAGUCUUAUGACUCUCUCCUCCUGCAAACCCUGAAAUCAAUUCCAGGAACAAGAAACAUUCACCAAGUGCUAGCUCAGGGGAAUGUCAUCCAUUGUAGGUUCCUUUCAUGUUUUUGCGGAGAGCCACAGAUUUGCAAGUGCUUCAGUCCCACCAUUCACUCUUUUGGCAACACAACACAGGACCCAGAUGUCCAUGAAAGUUCAACCACUGCUAAAGUUCAAAAUCCUCUGGAAAUGCUGAUGGAGGAAAUGGAGAAGGAGCCGAGCAAGACACCUAAAGGAACAACAACCCUGAUAGAUCCUUGUGAUGUCCAAAGUGAAGACUGGCUUGUUGUGAUGUAUGAUGGAAAAUGGUGGCUGGCUAAAGCCUUACAAAUUGACAAAGAGCACGAAGAUGUACAAGUGGAAUUUUUUCAUCCUCAUGGACCAACUCUUAGCUUCAAGCAAAAACAAGGUCGUCGGGAUAUCUGCUUUGUGCCAUUUUCGGAUGUCCUAGUUAGGCUGAGAAAACCAUCCUCACCAGUCCGCACAAGCAGCACCAGGGGUGUAUACCGCAUUUCACCAGCUGUUAUGGAUUUUAUUGAAGGAGAAUAUGUGACACGUCUAUUGCCUGGGGAUUAAAUAUUCUGACUUUUAAGCGAUUUAGAAAGAUAUGAAUUAGUUCACAAUAUAUUUCAAAAAGUUCUGUCGUGUAUAUUUUUGUUUGUAUUCAUCUUUUACAUUUUGAUUGAAAAUCGUCCUGGUUGAUGACUUCAGUGACAAAGGUACAUUCUCAAAAAUUUAGAUGUUCCUUGAAAUCUAAAUAUGGUUAUUUCACAUUUUUUCUUCAUAUCUUCACAUUCUACAACAUUUCAGCAUUUAAUUCUUCUUAAAUGUCAUUUCAAGUUCAGUGUUUUCUUUUAACUUACUAGUUUGUCACCACCAUCAGUUUUGUGUCAACACCGUCAUGUGCCGUCAACUCUGUCAGAUGUAGUUUAUGUUGCAUUUUGUUUAAAAUAACAUUUAUUUUGUUUCUUGAUAGGCAUUUGUUUGUGAAAUGUCUGAAUUCAUGUAUUUGGUGCAUAUGUGUUUUUUACUAAUAAAUGACACUGUUCAUUGUGGUGAUUACUUUCAAAAUUGUUUUUUGUAUCAAUUGAACUGGAGUAAUUAAAUACAGACUAAAUAAAUGUUUAAA